CUAUUUUACAUGCGGUUUUCCUUUGAUGAUAUAGUCAAGGUUAAUCAUCUUAAGGCUGAGACACAUUCACAGAUGUUAAAACAAAUAUCAAAAACAAUAGAAAAUAGUGGGGGUCAAAAGAAACUUUCAAUCUUCUGUUUGAUAACGUAAAUAUGAACAUACUGUAGUUAUAUUGGUCAACUCAACUUCAUGAAAGAAAGUGUAACUCAAAAUACAUUAACCUAAACAUGAGUUUCAUUUUGAAAGAAAUUCUAAAACUGAUACCGUACAUUCUCUUUAAUUUAUAUGAUAAAAUCUUGUAUCCUCACCCUAUAUAUUCUUAGUAUCUGUUCAUAUCAAAAUCCAUCCCAGCUUUUAAGCAUAGACGAAAUAAAAAGGACAAGGAAAAAAAGAAAGAUUACCAAUAAGAUGGGAAGCAAAGCUGUUGUCUCAGUCUACUUAAUUAUUUCACUGUGUGCUGCCAUCUUUGUCACUCGUGGAGUAGCUCAAAUGCAAAAUCCGCAGGCGAUUCCAGGACUUUUUCCACCUGGCUUAGUACCUAUUGAUCUCGUCAAAUGUUGGUCGUCUCUCUUUACCGUCCAAGGAUGUGUCUUGGCAAUCUCCAACUCAUUUUUUUCUGGAAAAAUUGAAAACGUUGAAGCGGCAUGCUGCAAGGUGUUUUCAACUUUAGAUGCAAACUGUUGGCCUCAUAUGUUUCCUUUGAAUCCUUUCUUCCCUCCUCUCCUCAAGGACAAUUGUGCGCGUAUCAUCCCUAACUCCCCUGCACACAACUGAAAGGAACAAUGAUUGUUCAUCUACAGUUUUAGACUAGUAUAUUAGCUUCAAUGUCUAAGUUUUUCAUGUGUGAACUCAAUUAUUAGGAGAGCCCUAUAUUUACCUUUUCCUCAAUAAAGUGAAAAUUUAGCAAUAUCUACAACUUUUGUCAAUGUGUCUUGGUCACA